AUGAAAUUCGAAUUAUUACCAAAUGAAAUAUUUAUUGAAUGUUUUCAAUAUUUGAAUGCACCAGAUGUAUUCUAUUCAUUUGAUCGGUUAAAUGAUCGUUUUUAUACACUUGUUCGAACUAUUCCAUUGUGGUUGAAUUUUGAAAAAUUCAAAAAAUCGAAAUUUAAUCAAUUUUGUCAAAUAAUAUUAUCCAAUCCAGAAUUAAAACAUCAAAUAAUUUCAUUAAAAUUAUCAAAUAACGGUACACGUGGUCAAACUGGAGAAUUUCUUUCUUUAUUUCCAUUAAAUGAAUUUAUUAAUCUUCGAUCAUUAUCAUUAAUUGAUUUAAAAGAGGAAAAUGUUGAACAGUUGAGACCGAUGUUAGCAUUAUUAUCUAAUUUAUACUAUUUUUCUUAUACUGAUUUGGAAUAUUAUAUUUUAAAAAUACUAUCUAUGUUAUUAACAUCGAAAUUACGAAUUUUAUCAAUACCAGUAUUUGAAUAUAGCACAUCUAUUUUGGAACAAAUGUCAAUUACGUCAUUGACAAUUUCUUCUUGUAGCUGGAAUACAUUAUCUGAAGUAUUGGAAUAUGCAUUGGCACUGAACUAUUUAAAAAUUGAACGCCUAUAUAAUGAUGUGGGUGGAGAUUAUCCAUUGAAUUAUUUUACUAAAAAUGCUGUUCGUUUAAAACAAUUGAUUAUCAAUGAUUGUGAAGCUGACUUUGAAAUGAUUGAGAAACGGUUAAAGAGUACACCUAAUUUGACAAUUUUUACAAUAAAAACUAAUAUUUAUGCGAGCGUGAUUAAUGCUGAUCGUUGGCAACAUUUAAUUGAAUCUUCAUUAUUACACUUACGUGUUUUCAAUUUCUGUUUUAGUUGUUUUAUCAGUACAGAUUCUUAUAAUGACAUGCUGAACAAAUUUCAACAAUUUCAAACUAAUUUCUGGUCUAAACAACAUCAUUGGCAUACGAAUUAUGAACAUAAUGAGCGUUCAGCAUCAAUCCAUACUAUGCCAUAUGUAUGGAAUAAAUAUACAUUAGUAACUUCCAGCAAUAAUUAUGGUAAUUUAAAAGGAUUUGAUAAAGUUACUGAGUUAGUUUUAUCACAAAUGACAAUUAAAUAUAAUUCACCAUAUUAUUUUAAUAAUGUUAAAUCAUUAGAAUUAAUAAACGAAGAUCAUUUUGAUAUACAUCCGGAUGAGUACAUGUUACAGAAAGACCAAAUAAAAUUUUUAAAUAAUAUUGUUAAUUUAUCAAAUAUUGAACAUUUAAAAAUUCCAGAAUCAGAUUACAUAUCAUCAUCAUCAUUAUUAUUAGAAAUAUUAAAAGAAUUACCAAAUGUAUCAUCAUUAGAAAUUAAUAAGCGUAGUUUAAUAUUAUUUGUUAAGGAUCAUGAAUUACGUAAAUAUUUAAAUACAAAGAUUACUACAUUAUAUCUAAAUAAAAAGACUGCUACAAAACGUUUAUACACUUUUGGAUCCCGUGUUGAGUAUAUCCAAUAUGAAGAAGUAGGUUUACUUCUUCAGGCAUUUUCAAAUCUCGAACAACUUUAUUGUAACUUCCAAUACUUUAUUCAUUUAUUCUUAGUAUUAGAAAAAUUUUCAAAAUUAUCAAUAAUAACCAGUCGAUAUAUAACCAAAGAGGUGCAUUCAUGGAUUCGAGAAAAUGCAUCGAAAUUCGAUGUAUACAUUGAUUUUUGUGAAAUUUAUAAUGAUUAUGAUGAUGAUGAUGAUGAUGAUGAAUUAGAUCUCUAA